GGCGUGUAUUCUGGCGUUCCGCAGUGUGUCAUCGUGCCGUCGAAAUAGUUGGUGCGGCGUUUUGCUCGCCAUCCAUCGGCCGUCGCCGCCAUUGUUUCCAUGGGCGAGCGAUCAAGCGUACGAUCGAAUAAACGAACAACCGGGGGAACGAACGUAGCAAGCAGACGUAAAACGACGCACGCUAGUAGCCAUCGAAUACCAUUGACAGUUAAAAGUUAAAGUCGCGCGGCGUCCAGAGUAAUGAAAAGUGUUUGCGUUCCGAAUCUUGACGUGUGGCUCGUACUUGUGACUGUCUGGUAAACAUAAAAAAGUCGACCACGGAACGUCGUGAGGACUGUACGGUGCGUCGAGUAACAACGAGUGUCCCGUGUUCGUUUUCGUCGUGCGUGGUAUUCGUACGGUGAUGGUGAUGGUGUUAGUGAUGAUAAAGAGAGUGGUGCGUUGCAAUCCUGUGUCGUUCGGCGCGACGAAUGCUGUUUUAGUGGAUAGAUCGGACGCGUCCAGCUCGUUCCUUUGACCGGAUCACGCCGAUCGUCUCGAGGAAGAUCCAACCCGUGAAAAGUAAUUUCGCGCCGUACGACGGUCCCCUGUUCCCCCAAAAAAAUUCUCCGCAUGCGGCACCUUUACCUUUGUAAAACCUUCCCAGGCAAUCGUUAAACAUACCGUGCAAUCACGAUCGUCCACACGAGAACUAUCCUUCGAUCCUGACGGCUCGCUACGCGCGAAACCUUCUUUCCUACCCUGAAACCACGAGCUUCGAUCCCAGAACAUUAUGUGAAAUUUUUUGGAGGUUCGCGUCCUUUCUUCGCCACGGUGAUUGCGAUUCCGAACGUGCAAAGGAUGCUGGGACCUUCCCUUCCGCAUCGAAAAGGGAGUCUCGGCCCGACGACGAUGUUGAUGCUCUUGAUUUUAUCGUUAAGCGACUUCCACUCAGCGAAUGGUUCCUGUGAGUUCCCAGCGAGUUGGGCGGGAGAAUGGUACCAGUAUGGAAAACUGGUACCGAUUGCCAUAAAUGCGACCAUGCUGGAUGAGAAGACGUGCGUGGAACGAUCGAAAGACUCGUACAUCGUGUUCGGCGACAAUUGCUAUCAAUGCUUGAUCGUCAACGACCGACACGAGAAUGUGAUCCAGUAUCGCGAAGGCUGGUGGUGGCAGGAGCAAGCAGCCUUGGAAGAGAUGUGCCAGAAUAUCAAAUCGGACGAUACUCUGUACUCCAUGUUCCGCGUGAAUUCCAAGCCCAUACCCUGCCCUUUCAGCGGAUCAUCGUUCACAUUUAGCUACGACAAGGGGUACGGCGAAUGCGCGGCGCCCGUCAGCCUCGCGGAAAAGUGCACCGACGAGAGCAAAUUGCUUCUCAAGUAUCAAUCCUGCCCGGACGUCGCGAAAAGCGAGAGUAACACGGAAGAAUUACAGUGUCUCGCUGUAUGGAACGAUGGCCGCAAUAAGUACCUCGUUGGAACGUUGAAAGGGCGAAGUGUAUCGGGUGCAGAGAAAACGUACAGAUGUUUCCUGUACGAGGAGAAGACGCACCAUCAGGGGAAAGUGGUGUAUCUGCUUGCCCAAUCGGGUGAACCGACAUGCAACGGCCUAACCACAGUCUCUGAAGGAUCACCUUCGAUCAAGCUUAUGAAAGUCGACAAGGAGCACAACAGAUGCAAGUAUCCAUCUUGGAUCACCGAGCAUCACGACUGGCACUCUUUGGAUGGCACUAAGGUUUAUCACUUCACGAACAAAAACGCAACGCUUAAGGUUCGGGUUCAGGAUACCGAGGGGGACACGUUUCACGAGGAGAAGGUCGUCUGUCACAAUUUGGAGAAGUUGCAACUCGCCGAUAAUUCCCAGGGAUACAAAAUGAAGCUGAUCGCCCACGUAACAAGCGGCUGCGAUAUUGGUUACGUCUGCAUGAUCUUUCACAAAAGAGAUCACCAUGUCAUAGAGCUGCAACAGUCGGAUCAAAAGGCCAUAAUGCCGGACGAAGCUUGCUCCCUCUCGGAUACAUCCGCCAUGCCCUAUACCACGCUAAUAAGUUCUUCGUUGCGUCAGAGGAAGUGCCCCAAUCCCGGUCGUUACGUGACACUGGGAUUUGCGCCGUUUCAUUUGCCCAACGCGUCGUUCCGUCGACAACGUCGCAGCGACAAACGGUCUUCCAGGCUCACCAAAAGGAGAGCUUGGAACGAAGAUAUGCAGCAAAUGAAGCCGCACGAGCAGCAACAACGACAACACCAAUCGCAGCAGCAACAACAUCACCAUCAUCAUCACCAUCACCAACACGGAGGAGAGCAACAGCAACAGGAGCACGGAGAGGAAUGUAAGAGCACGAAUAUUCAGAUCGGUUGUACCACGUCGGAUCAGAACGAAAUGGUCGUUAGACAAACGUGUGACGGAGAAGAAGCAACGUAUUACUGUCACGGAAGUUGGGAAGAAAGAGGCACUUGGUACACGAUAGUGUCGCAGAAAACCAAUCAAGCUUCCUCGGGACUAGGACAGACCUUCUGUUUUUCUAUGCGAUUCGACGGCAACACGGGGAAACAAUCGACGACCGGAAGGACCAGUAGAACGAAACUCUCCGAACAGGAACUUUGGUCCACGAGAUUGGAUCGUGUUUGUCGGAGAGAAACCGUUGGCGAGGACGAAUGGUCCCACACCCUCGUCGGACAAGGUGUUUGUGAAGACGUAACGAAGGCAGCUUCCAGCUUAGCGCCACUAUUUUCCCUGUCCAGAAUCCUGUUCAUCGUCACUGUGGGAAAUUGCGCGGCGUACAAGUACCUAUUAAGAUGAUAUGCGAACUUAAAGUGAAACGAAGCCGAUGCUCGUGACAGGGCCGUUCCUUCGAACGUUUAUGCGAAACGAGCAAGUGAGGCUGGCAAACCCCGAUGAUUCCGCGCGCUUUUUUCGGCCAUCGAGACCAAGAGUGGAGCGGUUCGAUCCGAGCGACGCGAUUCGUCGAUCGAAGACGCGAGACUCGACCACACGGCCAACGGAUCCCGCGCGCUCGAUUGCGUUUUCUUUUCGAAUUUCCGGCCCGUUUGAUCGGCAGCGUGCGAGAUUUAUCGAUUCCCCCCGCUCCCUUUCAUACGCCCAAUAUUUCUUCGACUUGUAAGAACACGACGGUUUUCGGGUUUUGUAAUACUUUUCCAACUAUCCUGUUACCUUAUUCGCAUUUUCGCCCACUCCCGUAUACUUAGAGACGUACUUAGAUUCUAGGUCUUAGGCCCGUCCGUUUCGUGCGAUAAUCGAGAGUUUUUGUGCGACGAUGUCUAUUUACAUCCUGUGAAUUUAUAUAUAUUUGCACUUAUAUUUUUUAUAUGUAGGAGUACGUUGAAAAAGGGGAGCAAAGUGUUCGCCGACACGCCGGGAAACCACGGACAUUAGUUUAAAUGUGAGGAGUGCGAGCAACGACGGCCUCGAUCGUUUAUUUUUUUUUUAUAUUUUUAUAUAUAUUUUUGCCAAUACGAGAUUUCUUAAGCACGAGGCGUUAACGUCCGAUCGACGAGCCUAGAACGUGCACCCGCAGCUUUUGUAAAUAUAAGCAGGUUAUAAGCGAGUCAAGACCACGUUCGAUUUAAUCGCGAGCGACAUCGAUAUAAUCCUACAACUACGAAUUUGGUUAAUUUAACGCGUAACAACUACGAUAAGAGAAUACUUUUUACCUCUUAACUAGCUACACUUUGUAUAUAAUAAUUUAAGCACUGUAUAAAGACUGUUUUUAACGAGUAUAGAGUUUUCCACUCACGGCCGUGUCCGAUUAUCGUGCACCGCCCUGAUAACCGACUUGUUCGUCGAAUUUCCUUUCGUUACCGCGAAUCAUCGACGGACGAUUGUCGGCGUCAAUGGGACAAAUUCGCGUAGCACGCGCUCGAACAUUUACACGCGAGAUACGCGAGGCCAAUGCCAUGUACCAUGUAUCGAGUCGUUAAUGGACAUUGGAUAUAAUUGUUACCAAGAUUCAAUAGCAGAGAGUAUACGUGCACGAAUCAUUUCGCGUGAUUUUUAUAUUCGUUUCGCCUAUGGAUUUCGUUCAGAUCUGGUAUAAACGUAUCGCGCCUAACCGUAACAUCGUAUCUGAUACUUGUUGAAAUUUACUGAUGAUACGGCUUGUCCAUUAACCUCGUUACGAUUCACAACGUUUGUUAAGUUUAUACAUAAAUUAGCCGAUCGCGAUGGAGGUGAACUCUUUAAUACAAUACAGAACACAAACACGUUAUAUACACAUACACGCGCACACACACAUAUACUAUAUAUAUAUACAUAUAUAUAUACACAAUUAUAAAAGAUUGAGACUGUUCCGAAAUUCAGAUAAUUAGAAUAUACGUGUACGACGAUGCAUUGGUUCUAACCCGUAAGGUAGACAAAUUUUUAAUAUCGAGAUAAAUUUUUAUUUUUAUACGCAUAAAACUAUCGUUCCCAGUUCGACCCUCGUCCGCACCUACCGUUCUCCGACUUGUUUCACCCGUUGGGAUCAUCUUGCCACUGAUUCACCUAACCCAGACCCGAAACCCCUGCACGCUCCCUUCGGCCUCUGGUUUAUAUACUUCACUUUGUUCCUGACGUAUUUUAUACUUUUUCAUAGGAACGAGCGCAUAACGGAAUGUUAUUUGAUUAUAGUUUCGCCGAACGCGUCUCUAUGCGUCUACGGGUGAAGAAAACUGUCGUUCGCGAAACGAAUAAUUUAUAAUUUUAUUUGAUUAUUUAUCAAUGAUG